UUUUUUAACCCUACUUUUCCCCUUUCUUUUCCUUCAUCUCGUUGGCUUCAAUGAUAAGGGACACACCAACCUCUUUUUAACACUCUCACUUCCCUUCUUCUCACUCUCUCUUCCUCUCUCCCCUUCAUAAUUUUGAUAAAGAAACAUUGUUCUUGGCGUAGUCCCUUUGUUUGGUUUUGUUUCCUUUUUGGGGUUUUGGGUGCUGCAUUUCAAGGAAUUCAGUUGAUCAAUCAGGGAAGUAAAACUGUUAUCCGUUGCCCAUGAUCUUUCCCAAGAUGGAAAGUUUUCAGACAAUUGUUGUGAUGGUGGUGGUAGUGCUGCUGCUGCCUUUAGCAGCAGUUUGUGCAGAAGAAAGCAGCAGCCCGAAUGCUACAUCCAAGUAUCAGAUCGAAUGCACAAUGUGUUCCUCAUGCGACAAUCCGUGUCAGCAGGUUCCAUCACCUCCACCUCCAUCUCCACCACCACCUUCACCCUCACCACCACCACCACCAGCUACAUCCAACAACAACAACUGCCCACCACCUCCAUCUCCACCCAGCUCUGGUGGUGGUGGUGGUGGUGGAAGCUACUACUACUCUCCACCGCCACCUCAAUCUGGCGGCAACAACUACUAUUAUCCACCGCCGCCGGGUGGUGUUAUUGGUGGCAUGUACUACCCUCCACCAACAUACAGAAACUACCCAACACCGCCACCUCCAAACCCUAUCGUUCCUUACUUUCCUUUCUACUACCACACUCCUCCACCUCCUUCAGGGUCUGGGAAACUGAUAGCUUGCUGGGUUUCUACUUUUGCUGCCACGCUGGGCCUUCUCCUUUGUUUCUUUUGAUAUUGAAAGCUAAAGAAGAAGAAAGAAGAAAAUAAUGUGGCAGAUUAGUAGAUCUGGGGAAACUUCUACAGCUUGAGAGGACAACAAAGACUAAAAUGGAAGAAAGAGAAAAAAGGUGGUGAUGGGAGCUGCUCUAGAUGCUUACAAAAUUGAACUUCUUUUCUAAAGAGGGGGUCAUAGACAAAGAAAGCAACAGGGGGAUGAGAUGAUGAGACUUCGAGAAUCCUAGAUAUGGGAGUAAUCUUUCUUUUUCCUCUGGCUCUCUAUUUUCUUCUCAUGCUGUAGACUGGUCUGUAAUUUGUUUUUGAUAAUUUUGCAUCUAUUUUUGUUCCAUUAAAAUAUUAAUGUUAAUUGGAAACUAAUAAGAAAAUUAGUCAAUUUUGACAAUAA